CGCCGUAUUAUUAGCUAACUGUUCGUAAAUAAACCAGUGUUUUAAAUUCAUAUUGUUGCAAACCGUCGUCGGUGGCCUUUCAUUGCAUUACAACGCACGUGUUCGCCUUUGCGGUUUAGUGUAAAAAAUACAUCCGUUCGUUCCGUUUUAUCAUCAGUUCAACCACGUUACCUCAUCGUUUAUUGUGCGUCGUUACUCAGCUGUUUUCACUUUCAGCUCAUUCUUUUUUUAAAUAUUUUCAGGAUUUAAACUGAGUGGGUCCGUUUUGCUGGAAAUUUUGGAUCUGCUGGUUAAUUGAUCGUCAUAAUAAUCAAAUCACAGAAUCAGGAUGGCCCUAAAUGUCUUUGAUCACGAUGAAUACAGGCCACCGGUGUGGAAGUCUUACUUGUACCAGCUCCAGCAGGAGGCGCCUCACCCACGCAGACUCACCUGCACCUGUGAGGGAGACAACCGACCUAAAUACUAUGGAAGAGAGUACCAUGGGAUGAUCUCAAGAGACGAGGCCGACCGGUUGCUGAGUCAGGCCGAAGGCAGCUACCUUAUCCGAGAGAGUCAGAGGCAGCCGGGCACGUACACGCUGGCUCUGAGGUUUGGGAACCAGACGAGAAACUUCCGUCUCUACCACGACGGGAAGCACUUUGUUGGAGAGAAGAGGUUCGAGUCCAUCCACGACCUGGUCACAGACGGCCUCAUCACACUCUACAUCGAGACAAAGGCGGCGGAGUACAUCGCUAAGAUGACCAUAAACCCCAUCUACGAACACGUCGGCUACACCACCCUGAACCAGGAGCCCACCCCGAAGAAACAUCUGCCGCAAAGCCCCGAGGCCCCGGAUGGACCCGCUCCGGCCAAAGACGGCCAUAACGCUGAGGAGAGGCUCACAUCACUGGUGCGGCGGGCCACCCUGAGGGAGAGCGACUUGGCGCCCAAGUACGAGAAGGUCCACAACUUCAAGGUUCAUACAUUCAGAGGCCCCCACUGGUGUGAGUACUGCGCCAACUUCAUGUGGGGUCUCAUCGCUCAGGGAGUUAAGUGUGCAGACUGCGGGUUGAACGUCCAUAAGCAGUGCUCCAAAGUGGUGCCGAACGACUGCCAGCCGGACCUGCGGCACGUCAAGAAGGUGUACAGCUGCGACCUGACCACGCUGGUGAAAGCCCACAACACCAAGAGGCCCAUGGUGGUCGACAUGUGCAUACAGGAGAUCGAGGCCAGAGGUCUGCAGUCGGAGGGUUUGUACAGGAUAUCUGGCUUCAGUGAGCUGAUCGAAGACGUCAAGCUGGCCUUUGACAGAGAUGGAGAGAAGGCAGACAUUUCCUCAAAUGCUUACGAGGACCUCAACAUCAUCGCCGGAGCCCUCAAGCUCUACUUCAGAGAGCUGCCUAUUCCGCUCAUCACAUAUGACGCCUACCCACGCUUCAUAGAAACAGGAAAGAUCGCAGACGCAGAGAAACGCCUGGAGUCUCUCCACGAGGCCUUAAAGCUGCUGCCGCCGGCUCACUGCGAGACGCUGCGAUGCCUCAUGGCUCACCUCAAGAGAGUGACCGAGUACGAGAAGGAGAACCUCAUGUCCAGCGAGAACCUGGGUAUUGUCUUCGGACCGACGCUGAUGAGGGCCCCCGGGCUGGACGCCAUGACGGCGCUCAACGACAUCCGAUACCAGAGACUCGUGGUGGAAUCGCUCAUUACCAACGAAGAUGUAUUGUUCUGAGAGGAGGAGGGGAGGGAAAGGAUUCUUCCAGGGAGGAGAGGAAGGACAGACUCAUCAGGAAGUACUCCUGUGAAAAGAUGCAAGAAAAAAGGUGACUUUUUUUACAAGAAAAAUGAAAAAGAAACGCGUAACAUACAUGGAACUUGUGUCUCGCUAGAGAGGACGACAAGAGUUUUUGUGUGGAGUGGAAGGAGGGAACAAUGAAGGAAGUGACUAUUUUCAAUGAAGGAAAUGAUUUUUAAAAAAGGGAGAAGAAGUAGAUGGAAGCAUGCAGUGUUUCCCUACAUCGUGUGAAGUUAAAUUAAGGAGUUUUACUCGAUAGAAAUAAACAAAUAUGAUCUCUCUUGAUGAGAAAGGACAGAUGCAUAACAUGUUCUCCAUCGUUAGGAGAAACAAAUUCAACUUUGUCUAUGUCGGGGAAACACUGUGUGAUCCAUCUUUGUGUUGAUAUCGUUCUUAAAUGGAUGCCUUGACAGUUUGUUACUUUCUUCGCCACACUGAUUUUAGGUGCGCUACCUUUAAGAACCUUGCGUUAGCAUUGUUAGCAUUCGUCACCGAAGCCGAAUGAGCCACAAGCUCAUAAACAAGCGUCACCUCGUGGCUUCAGUAAAAGAAAAUGCUCCUUAUUAAUCAUGUUUUUCCUCAAACUGUUGUGGGAAGAUAUUAGUUUGUUUUCCAUAGUGUCAAGUUAUCCAUUUAAGCCUCCUUAAGAGAAGAAGAAGACAGCUGGAUGGAUGAGUGGAAAAAGGGAGCAACCCGCCCUCAUUCCUCUGAAUGGAACUAAAGUGACUUUGGACCUAUUUGUCUUUUGAAACUCUUCACUUAACAGCUCCCUCUUCUGUUCCUCUGACUGAACAUGUAAUGAUGCAGUCAUCUAACACAAAGCAUUUUUAGUUGCUAACAUAUUAAUAAGGACACCCUUUUUGUGUCAUAUUAUAAGAGUUGUUUGAGACUUGUUGCUGUAUAAUUACUUGACAACUGAUGGGGCUGUACAGUAACAUUGUUUUUUUUUUUUUCUUAUUGUCCCUGAACCAAAGGUGAAAUAUUACACUUACAUUGUGUGUCAUGCGGCCCAUUUAAAGGGAAGCUUUGGUACAUUUCCCUCCUGAUCUACAGCCUCUUCUUCUUCUCCAUCGGGGCUUUAAAAUCAAUCAUUUGAAACAGAAAUAUGUGAAACAGUGCUUUAUGUUGUUUUGGCUUUGCUCUGGUUUGUCGUUUGUAUAAAGCAGUAUUGUCAUUAAGCUGAUUUUGAAAUACUAAUUAAAAUUCUUCAUCGCUCUCCUGGAAGCAAUUCAAACAGAUUGAAAUAUUUUUUUUUCCCGACUUUAUUGGCCUGAGUGGGUUUUGAGAUUAUUUGAAAUUUGAUUGCCCCGAAACAUUAAAGCAAAGAAACUCAAUAAAACCCAAACUCAUAAUGUUAAUUACUCUGUAUCCGUGUUUGAAGACGGGGCUGUAAUAGUGAUUCCACUGACGUGUUUUGAAGGAUGAUACAACUGUGAAAUAGUGAGAAAUAAUAGUGCUUACCCAUGAGUAAAGGCCAGUUUGGAUCAUUUGUAUUGAACACUUUAUUUCUAAAUGAGAUUGUACCUAAAUACAAGUGUUUUGUAAUCAAAUGCCAUACAGAUGUUUGGAGAUGAGCUAACGGGCUAAACGUUGCUGAAGGUUUGCUGUAAUGUUUUGCUCUGAUGUGAUGAAAGCAGUAUUAAAUGUGGGAUGAUGUCGCUAAUCAUCUGUAACAUGAA